AUUCAAGCAUUAAUUUUAUUUUCAGACCAACAUAACUAUUUAACGAAUGGUUAAAAGAGACUGACUAAAGACGACAUUCAAAAGGUUUUAAAAAUGCGGGAAAUGAUGUUUUCGCUGCUGGGGCUUUUAAUCGGAGGAGUGUUUUUGAGUAUAAACGGAUACAAUAUGGGGGCCCCUGAUGCAGCUUGUAGUGGAAUGACCCCAGGACAUUCCAGAACACCACAGGUUGGAGAAGCCCCUGCCAAAGUGAUUGUGAAUAAGAGUUUAUUAAAACCUGGAGAUAUUGUUGAUCUUGUUCUGCAUGGAGGGAAGGGAAAAACGUUCAAGGGGUUCAUCAUCCAGGCCAGAGAUGCUGCUAAGAUAGAGGAACAGGUUGGUAGCUUUGUUGCAGAAGACGAUGCUAAAUACAUGACAUGUGGGCGAGGCAUUCACAACUCCCUGACACACAGGUUCUAUAUGUAUUUACCUGGUUACAAGACUAUAACAACUACUGUUAUUGUUAUUGUUAAGGAUGAUGUUGCGAGUCCUGAUGAUGGUCCUAAGGAGCCGAUGUCCACAGAGGUCUUGCUCGAGGAGGAGUUGAACGUUGACCUCCUUGAGGAGAUCGAGGAAACUGUUGGGAACGAGAUCUUGGAGACAGAGGUUGGUGAGAUUACAAGUAUUGAAGACGACAACGAGAAACAUCUUCAUCCUAAGGAAGAUUUCAAGGAUUUGGUGCAAAAUCUUGAUUUACCCCAACCUUCACAGAAGGCAGAGCUUCCUUUAAACCUGGCUGCAGCACAAGAUCAGGUUGCUCCAGUAGAUUCCUUUACUCCAAUAUAUAUCAGUUCCACCACAACCCUGAGCACUAGCACUACAACAGAGACUCCGUAUGCUGAUCCUCUUCCCAUUAUUGGUGGAAUUCUACAGCACACAGAUCCAAAGGAUCCCAUAUUUAAUGAUUGCAACACCACAAAGGCUUGUUUUGGUAUUCCUGACAAUUGUGUUUCCUCAGGAAAAUGUCAAGCCGUCGUGGCCUACUAUCCGGACAAGCUUCAAUUCCACUUCGAGAUGAAAGCACUUUCUGCUGGAUAUGUGGCCUUCGGACUUUCCAGGGAUGGAAAGAUGGGAGAAGAUCUAACUACCAACUGCCUACUUCAGGAUAACGGAAAUGUUGAUAUUACAACAGGAUAUAAUUAUGGAAAACAGAAAAAUGGACUCCCUCUGGGACUUAAAAGGGAUGAAGAUGGGAUUUCAGAAAGGUUGACAAGUGGACGGAAGGAUGGUUGGAUUACUUGCAGCUGGAGGAGAACUAGAUCAAUUGUUGUAGAAAGUGAGAUCUGGGACCUAGAGAAGGAUAAAUACCAUAUUAUGCUGGCUCUAGGAGAUGUUCAAGAUUAUCAGCUUCAAUAUCAUAAUGCAAAGACUAUAUCUGGAAGCCCGAUGGGAUUAGGACAGGUUGGCUUGAUCCAGGCUAAAUCUAGGCUUUACAUCAUGGUCCAUGGAUCAUUCAUGAUUGGAGCCUGGAUCUGUGCUGCCAGUGUAGGGAUUAUGAUUGCUAGAUAUUUUAAGCAAACCUGGACUUCUGGACAGAUGUGUGGAGUGGACCAGUGGUUUAUAUGGCACAGAAUCCUGAUGGUGCUUGUUUGGAGUUUAAGUAUUGUUGGUCUUGUUCUUAUAAUUAUAGAAGUAGAUGGGCUCACACCUACAGUUUUCACCAAUCCUCAUGCUAUCAUGGGAUUUAUAACUGUUGGAUUAGCCUUCCUCCAACCCUUCAUUGCUUUACUCCGGUGCAGCCCUGUGCAUAGACAUAGAUGGAUCUUUAACUGGAUUCACUGGAUUAUAGGAAACGGUGCUCAUGCUCUGGGAAUUAUCACCAUAUUUUUUGCUGUGGAUCUUGAUAAAGCGCUUUUGCCGCGUCCAGAAACUGAUUAUCUCCUGAUAGCUUGGGUCGCAUUCCAUUUUGUUACGCACUUCCUGCUCUCAUGCUUUGCUUGCGCAUCUGACUCGAAAGCUGCUAAAUCUGCGAGUAUGCAUCCCAAGUAUGGUGGGCGGUACAACGGGCAGGCCGGGUACAACCCUAGGCAUACAGGGAUGUACCCAGACUACGAGGAACUCAAGAGGGACACUCCCGGAUCCUGGGUCAGGGUGUUUACACUGGUGAUGUACAUGUUGAUCAACUGUAUAGUUUCUGCUGCUUUAAUUCUCCUUGUUGUGAUGGCACCAACCAGACCUAUUUUGAUCAACAUUGGUAUUCUGAAACAGUAGAGAGAUUGAUCAACAAUAUAUUGGGUUUUAAUUUCUUUUUAUUACAAAAUUGUUCUAUUUACAUCAGUUUAAUCAUUUGAACAUGGAAAAUUUGUAAAUUAAACAUUUAAUCAUAUUAGUUUGAACUAUUCCACAAUUACUAAGUAUUAACUAGAGAUAUCUCAUUUAAUUUGCAUUUUACCCUCAAUUGACUAAAAAUAUUAGCUUUUAAAGAAUUCUAAUAUUUAUAUGUAAUUUAAUUGCAUUUUAACCAUUAAUGUCUCAAUUAACUAUCUGAAAGCAAUCAUUUUUUUUAAAACGACAGCUGAUGUUUUGCGCCAUUUUCUGGAGUUACCAACCACGUGCUUUGUACACUGAUACUGUACACAUUUUACUUUUUGAAUCAUAUCAACUUAAUAUAAUAUAUUUUAUUGAUACAUUUAAUUCAUUUAUUCAGUUAUUUGCCCAUGUUUCUAAAUUAUUUCGAAACAACUUUAUAACUUUAAUAUUUUUAAAUUUGUCCUUAAUCCAUAUUUUUUUCUAAUUUGUCUUUUAUCCAAGAUAUAGGAUAGAGGAUAUAUUCUUAUUUUUUUAAAUGCAUAUGAUGCUUGCAUACAUUACGUUAUAAUAUAUAUUUUAAAUAUUCUUAAAACAUGUUGCCAGUGUAUUUUUAAUUAUCUGCGCCUAACUAUGGUAUUUUGUAAAUAUUGACUGUGAUUUUACCACUAUAUAUGACACAUUGAAAUAAAUAAGUGUUUUAUUA